GUUAACACGGCAUUGCGAACCUUCUAUGUAGAGUUUGUCCUCUUUGACCUUUCCUCGUUGGAACCGACGAAUUGGUGUACGGUAUCGUUUACGCACGUGCUCGAGUUCACGCAUCUUGUGUUUAUAUAGCUUUUUAAACAUCACUUCGAAAUAAAUAUAACCUAACAUUAUAAGAACGCGUGGUUAUUAUUACUGUAAAUAUGUUCAUUUUUUAUCACAAAUGGAAUUAGUAUCGGGGGGAAAAAUGAAGAAGCUUGAGGAAAAGAGACAAAAACGACAGAAGGAAAAAGAAAGAGCUCUAUAUGUUCGUCUUCCGCAUACGAUAAAAAAGGAGGAGGAUGUGGCAAAAUUUUUUACUGGUAAUUUCAAGGUAAACCUUCUACGGCAAUCUAGCAGAUACUGCUACGUAAUAUUUUCCGAUGUGAAAGAAAAAAUGAAAAACUUGAAAGCCGCUAAAGGCAUACAAGUAAAUGGAAAACGUCUAGUAGUUGCUCCUGCGGUUACGAAGGUUGAAACGAAGCCGAUAAAUCGAAAGAAAAUUGUCCCAGGAAAGAUUAAAGAAGAUGUAAAAGUGACGAAAAAUAUUUUCGUCUCAAACAUCAAAUGUGGAACAAAGAUUCAGGACCUGAGGGCAGCUAUUCCAGGCUGUCUGUCUAUAAAAAUGUUAAAACCAUACUCAGAAAAUUCUAGAGCUGCAAUAGUUAGAAUGGAAAGUGGUCAGCUAGCAGCACAAUAUUUACUACGUUCAGUGGAAUUGCCAGUAGUAGGAGAACGUCAAUUAAGAAUGAACCCUGACACCAGAGAAAGAAUUAGAAGUCGUAAUAAAUCAAAACCUUUCAAAAUUUAUGACGGCGAUGGUAGGCCAUGUACAAAGGAGAUAUUUAGUAAGAGAGGAAAUGAAGCUUUAGAUCAUAUUGUACUUGAAAAUAACAUGUAA